AUGCAAGUUCCUGUGACUUUUGGCUUUGAGUCGAAUGGUUAUAAAGAUGAGGAAUACUCCCCUGAGCAUACGGACAAAGCUCACUAUGGCCACAACCCGACUUAUGCGGAACAGUAUGAGGGCAUGGAGGGCUCGUCCGAUUAUAGAGAAGAGUAUAAACAGCAAUAUCCAGGCGACUAUUGGAAUGAGCAAGAACCGCUUUCGUACAACAGUCGGCCUAAGCAGUCUUCACCACCUCAUAGGCCUUGGGAAGAUAUCGAGGAAACGGCCGAGUCGACAACGGAGAAGGAGGAUCGUGGCUCCUACGAUGAUGACGGCCGACAUUCGAAAUCGAGCUAUCGGACGUCGUCAAUCGAGAAGAAUGAUCGACGAUACGAUAGCGACUCCAGUCAUCGUGGAGGAGGCUAUUAUCCGGAUGAGUACGAGGAGCGACGGACCGAUUCUCGAAUUUAUAAUUGGCGAUAUGACAGUAUCCAAGAAGAAGAUCAAGUAAAAGAAAACUGGAGGGAUGAAAAGGUUCCACAUGAUUGGGAUGAGCAAGAAGGAGAAGAUCAUGAAUGGCAUCCGGACGAUCAACAAAUUGCAUCGGCAAAUGAAGAAGAACACUAUGCCACAGAGGGUUAUCAAGCGGAUCGAGAAGAUUCGUCACGGCAGAACAGCGUCGAACGACCGGAUGUCCAUCAACCCACGGAUAUUGCCCAGUAA